AGUUGAACGAUAGUUGGAAAAUAAUAUUGACUUAUGGGUCGUUAGUUUUAGAGUGCAUGUGGAACAAAUUAUUUCUUGUAGUUAUCUUUUUAAGCGCCAGAUAUAUUCCCUCCCUUCAUCUUCCUUUCUUUGUUUCUGAUUUCAUUAUCAAACAGUUGAUCGAUCACCUGCAGAUGGCAAUGGAAUUACCGAUAUCAUUCUCGGUGACCCGAGGCGAGCCACGGCUUGUUGCGCCUGCAAAACCUACGCCGCGCGAGCUGAAGGAACUCUCAGACAUAGAUGACCAAGAAGGGCUUAGGUUUCAGGUUCCCAUAGUAUUUUUCUAUGGAAACAGUUCUUUAAUGGAUGGAAAAGACCCUGCAAAGGUGAUUCGGGAGGCGCUAGCUAAAGCACUCGUUUAUUACUACCCGUUUGCGGGUAGGCUUGUAGAAGGGUCUAAUAGGAAGCUCCUGGUGGACUGCACCGGGGAAGGCGUCUUGUUCGUUGAGGCUGAUGCAGACACCACACUGGAGUAUCUGGGCGAUGCCAUUCAGCCGCCUUGUCCAUGUUUUGAGGAGCUUCUAUAUGAUGUUCCUGGCUCGGGAGGGAUCCUUGGUUGUCCUUUGUUGUUAUUUCAGGUGACGCGUCUGAGGUGCGGAGGGUUUGUUCUUGCACUGCGCCUAAACCACACAAUGAGUGAUUCCUUCGGGCUGCUGCAGUUCCUGAAUGCUGUAAGCGAGAUAGCCCAAGGCGCAGAAGUGCCAUCUGUGUUGCCCGUGUGGCAAAGGGAGUUCUUGAAUGCGCGGAAUCCACCAUGUAUAACAUGUAGGCAUUAUGAAUUUGAGGAGGUACACAACACCAAGGGCACACUAGGGGUUAUGGAUGAUGACAAUACGGUCCACCGAUCUUUCUUCUUUGGCCCUAAAGAGAUAAGAUCCCUCAAGAUGCGAAUUCCCCAAGCCCUUGGUCCAUACACCACAUAUGAGGCACUAGCCGCGUGUGUAUGGAGAUGCCGCACAGUUGCAUUUGGUGUAGACCCUAACGAGUUUGUCCGUUUUUCAAGCGCAAUGAGCAUGCGGGGCAAACGGGGUUUGCAGUUGCCUUCUGGUUACUAUGGCAAUGCAUUUGCCUACCCAGCUGCAGUAGCCAAGGUUGGAGAACUCUGUAAAAAUCCUUUGGGAUAUGCAGUAGAGUUGGUGAAGAAGGGCAAGGCUGAAAUGAGUGAAGAGUACAUAAAAUCACUGGCAGCUCUUAUGGUAAUUAAAGGGCGGCCCUUAUAUACACGCACAGGGUUCUUCAUCAUUUCUGAUAACACCCGGGUUGGCUUUCAAGAUGUCGAUUUCGGUUGGGGGAAGCCCUUAUAUGGUGGGCUUGCUAAGGCUUCUUCUCUUAUUAGCUUCUUUCUGCGGUUUAGAAACAGUAAAGGAGAGGAAGGGAUUGUUGUCCCAAUACGGUUGCCUCUUCCAGUUAUGGAAAGGUUUGAACAGGAGGUAAAGAGGAUGGUUGCAGAGGAAGCAGUUGAAGUUCCAUAAAAGCUUUAAAUCCAUUUUAGAUGUUGUCGUAAAUCUUUAGUAAAAUUCAGUACAUGCUAGCUUAAAUGUGAUAAGCCACGACGUUCAGCUAGAGGUUUCAAACCAAAUCCCAAAUAUUUGGGAGGAGGUUGACGGGAGACGCAAAUGGGAGGUAGCGACGUAGUGCAUGGGAGUGUCGUGCAUAUGUGCAUGGACUUGGUCGCUUGCAAUUGCUCAUUUUAUGUCACUUGUAUUUCCGUUCGUUAUGCUACUUUUAUUCUGUUAGUUAUGCUUUGUGUUUAUGUAUGUGGUAUGUUUGUUUUUAUGUGUGUUUAAGUUCCAAUUGUUAGUUACCAACUUUUCUUU